AUGCUGGGGUUGGCUCUUCAACAUACUGUGAAGGAUACUCAACAUAUUGUGAAGGAUUCACAACAACAUACUGUGAAGGAUCCACAACAUACUGUGAAGGAUACACAACAUACUGUGAAGGAUACACAACAUACUUUGAAGGAUACACAACAUACUGUGAAGGAUACACAACAUACUGUGAAGGAUACACAACAUACUGUGAAGGAUACACAACAUACUUUGAAGGAUACACAACAUACUUUAAAGGAUACACAACAUACUUUGAAGGAUACACAAUAUACUUUGAAGGAUACACAACAUACUUUGAAGGAUACACAACAUACUUUGAAGGAUACACAACAUACUUUGAAGGAUACACAACAUACUUUGAAGGAUACACAACAUACUUUGAAGGAUACACAACAUACUGUGAAGGAUACACAACAUACUGUGAAGGAUACACAACAUACUGUGAAGGAUACACAACAUACUUUGAAGGAUACACAACAUACUGUGAAGGAUACACAACAAAGUUUAAAAAAUUUAUAUCACAUGGUUUCUUUGAACAACAGAGCAGAUAAUCUGUAA